CCCCGGGCUGUCAUUGUCACACGGGGAGGCGUGGUCUUUGAUCCAUAGCCACGCCCACAAACGCGAUGCGGCCCCGCCCCUUCCGAUUGGCGGGAAAGAGGCUGUGGUUCCAUUGUUUGAUUGACAGUGCAGCGGGCCAAUGGUGAGGGAGAGUACUGGCCACGCCCCUUCCGCGGUACCGGAGCGCGCGCGGCGGCUCCGGAACCCCGGAACCGAACCCGGGACCCCAAAACCGAACCCGGGACCCCAAAACCGGCCCCGAGAUCCCCAGAAUCGGCCCCGGGAACCACAAACCGAUCCCGGCACCGGCCCCGAGACCCCCCCGAACCGGCCCCGGGAUCCCCGAACCGGCCCCGAGACCCCCCCGAACCGGCCCCGGGAACCCUGAACCGACCCCGGGAACCCCGAACCGGCCCCGAGACCCGCCCGAACCGGCCCCGGGAACCCCGAACCGGCUCCGGGAGCCCCAAACCGACCCCGAGCCCCGCCAUGGACCCGGACCCGAAUCCCGGAGGCGCCACCGACCCGGUUCCGGUACCGGCACCGGCAGCGGGGGCGAAGCGGCGGCGUUUCACCGUUCGGCAGGAGGGUCCCGACGAACCCCCGGUCCCGUCGCUGUUCAGAGCCUCCGCCGCGCCCCCCCCGGGCCCGGUGCCGGUGCCGGUUCCGGUUCCGAUCCCGCCCGGUCCCGGUUCUUACGCUGAGUUCGUGGUGCGGGGCUCGGGGGGCACCGGGAAGGACCGAGAUCAGAACCGGGACCGGGAUCAGACCCAGAACCGGGACCGGGAUCAGAACCGGGACCGGGAUCAGAACCAGGAUCAGAACCGGGACCGGGAUCCCGGACCCACCGGAACCGCCCCCUCAGGAUCCCUCCCGGGAGCUCCGGGACCCCUCGCGACCCCCGGGGACCGGGACCAGAACCAGAACCGGGACCGGGACCAGAACCGGGACCAGAACCGGGAUCAGGACCGGGAUCAGAACCGGGAUCAGAACCGGGACCGGGACCAGAACCGGGACCAGAACCGGGACCAGAACCGGGAUCAGAACCGGGAUCAGGACCGGGACCAGAACCGGGACCAGAACCGGGACCAGAACCGGGAUCAGAACCGGGACCAGAACCGGGGCCGGGAGCAGCUCGCGGCCGUUCCGGCCCUGCCCGUGCUCAAACCGGGCACCAAGAGCAGCAGCAUCAUCGUCAGCCCGCGGCAGCGCGGCAAUCCGGUGCUCAGGUUCAUCCGCAACGUGCCCUGGGAGUUCGGCGACGUCGGCCCCGACUACGUGCUGGGCACCUGCGCCUGCGCCCUCUUCCUCAGUCUCAGGUACCACCACCUGAACCCCGAGUACAUCCACGAGCGGCUCCGGGCGCUGGGGCGGAGCUUCGCCCUCCAGGUGCUGCUGCUGCAGGUGGACGUGCGGGAUCCCCACCAGUCCCUCAAGGACCUGGCCAAGGUUUGUCUCCUCACCGACUGCACCCUGCUGCUGGCCUGGAGCGCGGAGGAGGCCGGGCGCUACCUGGAGACCUUCAAGUCGUACGAGCAGAAGCCGCCGGACCUGCUGAAGGAGCGCGUGGAGCAGGACUUCCUGUCCCGGGUGACAGACUGCCUGACCAGCGUCAAAUCCGUCAACAGGAGCGACGCCCUGAGCCUGCUGGGCACCUUCGGGUCGGUGGCGGCCGUGGCCGGAGCGUCGCGCGAGGAUCUGUCCCUCUGUCCCGGGGUGGGACCCCAGAAGGCCAAGCGACUCUUCGAUGUCCUGCACGAGCCGUUCCUC